GGAUCUGACAAGUGGUCAUCCCCAUGAAUCCUGACCUCAUUCGAGAGGAUUGCUGUUUUAAUUCUGCUAUUUAUUCGCAAAGGAGAUCAUUUGUUGGAUAGAGAUGUAGACUUAAGGAUAUUUGUGACGAUCUAGAACCGUCUGAUACUGUUAUAAAUUGAUCACCGAUUUACGAAGAUGAUAUAUGCCGCAUGAAACUGCUCUGGGAAUUGGAGUCGUGUUCAGUGGAUUGGGAGGCUCUCUCUGCCUACACCCACGCCUGAGUUGAGCGGAGGAACAACAGCUCGUGGCGGUAUCAACCCACGACCAUCGCAUCAACCAAGUGCAGCUGAUGCAGUGCAGCGCCAGUUCAAAUUCUGGCCCUCAAUCCUCGUGUUGUAUGUUGAGACGCUUAGCUUCGGCUUUGACUAUGAUCAGGCAAAAUUGGGAUUGAUGGUUAUCAGAUCAACAAUAUUUUAGCAACACUUCCUAUUCCUAAGUAGCUCUUGCUGUUAAUUUUAGAUCGAAUGUUACUUUUUGUUCUUGUUCCGAAACGUCAUUUCCCUCAUUUGUAGUCUACUGUUAUUUUAUCAAAACUUUCCCCAAAAUGAUACUUGCAAAGCAGUCCAUUAUCAGUUAAAAACUCUAUCAGAUCUGAACUACCUUGUUGUUGAACUUGGAAUGGAAGAUGCACCUACAUGCAGAUAACUGAGCGUGGACAUAUUGAUACAAUUGAAUUUCAGAAUUUUUCCAGAGUUGAAAUUAUUAUAGGACACCCCAGUAUAGGCCCUCAAGUGAUUCAUAAAAAACCCAUAUUUUCUGCAGCAAGUGCAAGGGAAAAUCGAGGGGGCGAAAAUUGCCGAGAGAAAUGUCGCAGGUGUUGCCCAUGUCAUUACAAACCAACAUCAACCAGGAGAAAUAUGCCGGCUUACAAGUAUGUUGCUGUGAUAAGGGACAGGGACAAUCUGGUAAUAAUAUUCAGGGAAAGCAAGUUGGAUGCAUCACAGGCUAUGCUACCAAGAAGUCGAUCAAGAUAGUGCCUUUGAGAGGUGAUCCGUUGCCACCGCGGCAGCCGCUAGUGAACUGUCCAGUCCAUGGGAUUUUGCAGAAUGAGAAUGAGUUGAGGAAGAGGACUGGCAACAUGCAAAGUGAACCCAAUUAUUCAUUUAAGGAGGUGAUCAUCACCUGGAACGAUGCGGUAGAAAGUGCAAAGAGUGGCAGUUGGGAAGAUGCCUUCAACAGUCUUCAAACCAUCAAGGAUUAUUCUGCCAAAAUGAGGUUCAAUUUGGGACAGGUUGCUUGGGUGUUGCAGAACACUCAGGUUGCCAAAGAGAACUUCACAGCUGCCAUAGAAAAGGACCCUCACAUGGCACUUGCACACUUCCAGCUUGGCAUGGUUAACUAUCACCUCCAUCGAUACAAUGAGUCCAGGAACAGCUACGAGAAGUCCAAGACCUGUCUCCGUGGUAACCGUUUCAUCGACUACAGGCAGCUGGGCUUUGUGCACAAACUUUAUGAGUGUGAGGUUUUAUAUAAUUUAGCCCUUACCUAUGCGACAAUGAUGAACAAUUCAGAGUAUGCCUUGGAGUUACUGGCCGAUGCCAAGAAAGUUAGCGUUGAGGCCAGACAUGGUCCGUUGAUUGAAAAGGCACAGAAACAGUUAAUGAGCAAUCAGCUGUAUGAGCCUAUUGUGUUGCCUAGCAACCAGUUAUUCACCCCGCCCAAGAGCAAAGUUGCCAAUUUGAAAGAUGUGGAUUACCUCGGCAAAGCAAAGGUGGUAAGCGAGCUUCCGGAAUCGAGCAACAACAACAACGAAACAAACUUCCAACCUCCAUCGAAAGGUGCGCAGCAAUCCCCCAACUCGUUCCGCCCCAUCGACGACGACUUCACGGACGAUGAUGACCUUUCGCCGACCUUCGAUGGCUCCUCCUCACCGACGCCAUCGAUGGUUGCGAAGAUGACGCACAAGGAUACCAUAGCGACGUGGUACGAGGGCGUCCUGGCCUUCGAGAAGGGGGAUUAUACCGAGGCCCUGAAUCAGCUGAAUGGUAUCGUGGAUCCAUCUGCCAAGAUUCUCUACAACAUCGGUAUCCUGCAGAAAUCCUUAGGACAACUUGAAGAUGCAAGUUCGACUCUAAAGGAAGUGGUGUCUCGGGAUCCCCACCUCGCUAUUGGGCACUUCCAGUCGGGCGUGGUCCUUGGGCUCGUAGGGAACUGUGACGAUGCGUGGCAUGCCUUUGAGAAGGCGAGAGAGACCCUUCGAGGGAAGAUGAUCGACUACAAGCAGCUUGGAUUACAGUACAAACUCCAUAAGUGUGAGGUCCUCCACAACCAGGCUUGGGCCUACAAUGAGUUAGACCAACGGGACUGGGCCAGGAACCAAUUGGACGAGGCCAGAGAAUGCAAAGCGGAUCCAAGACACGAAAAGAUUGAAGACUCCUACAGGGCUUUCACUAGUGGGCGCUCCUUCAAACUUUAUGAGCUUCCAAAGGUGUUGCUCUUCAAGCCACCAAAGUCAAAAAUUGAUAACCUGGACAGGAAAGAUUACCUUGGCAAGGCUAAGAUUGUUGCCAAGCUGCCAACUGUGAGAAGAGGAUCAUCUACUCCCCCGCCUCAAACAUCCAGCUCUCUCGGCGUGCCAGUAUUAACUCCAAGAAGUAAAACACCAACACCAUCUUCAGCACCACCAGAAAAAGCCCUGCCAGUGCCAAAGGUUCAGAAUCUAUCAAGUCUAGUUCUUCCAGACAGACAAGUUCCUUCCAGACAACCAAGACCAAGCCUACCUGACACUCAAGCCCCUUGGAAGAUGCCUGUAGUGACAGUAGAUUCUGUGCAGACAUCUUCCAAGCCACCUAGCCGAUCUCCGCCUUCACAGUCUGGAGGGUUCAACCCAGAUAAAUCACUUCCAGAGGCACCGGCACCAGUUAGCCCUGUCCUUCAAAGACCACUUCCUGUCAGUCCUGGUAGGAAGUUGAGUUCUGAGCUUGCACCAAGUCGUCCGUUGCCAUCACCCACUCGUUUGAGUCCAGUACCUAAUAAACCACUUCCUGUGAGCCCAGGAAAGAAGAACAGUUCUGAUUUACUACCAAGUCGUCCUUUACCGUCACCAACACGAUUCAGUCCUGUCCCCGAUAGGCCUCUUCCUGAACAACCUGGGAAAAGAAGUAGUCCUGAUUUUCCACCAAGUCGUCCUUUACCAUCACCAAGUCGUUUAAGCCCUGUACCAGACAGGCCACUUCCUCAGAGGCCUGUCCCAACAAAUACCAGUGAUUCUUCACAAAGCAGACCUCCACCAUUGCCAAACCGUAGCAGUCCAAUUCCGGACAGGCAAGUGCCACUAAGGCCUGUUCCUGAACAGACAGGAGAUCGUCCACCUGUUAGGCCUUUGCCUUCACCAAAAUGUAGCAGUCCUCCCCCUCCGGAAAGACCACUACCUGGACCUCCCCAGAGAUCCAUUAGCCCAGAUCUACCUCAGAGGCUGGUACCACAAGCCCCUAGUAAUUCUGAUGUCCCAAGUAGGCCCUUAUCACUUGCUGAUAGACCUGUCCCACCUAGACCUGGUAAUGCGUCUCCAGAACUUCCAAGCAGACCACUUCCCUUACCUCCUGGUAGAGAUGAACCUGACUUGCCUCCAAGGCCUGCACCGGUUGCAAGUAGAAUCAGUGACUUGAGCAAUAGAGCAGUUCCACCCUCCCCUAAUGCAGGCCGCAAAUUACCUGGGAUCCCCGUACCAAAGAAUGAUUCUCACGAUUUGUCAAACAGACGUGUACGUACAAUACCAGGAGAAAACAUUGAGAAUGAUCUCCCAUCAAGACCACCUCCUCCUAAACCAACCCAAUCAAUGCCAGAACUUCCGCCAAGGCCAGCACCCAGCUCUCCUCAAAGGAAGAUCUCUGCUGAUAGCCUCUCCGCAAGACCAGUUCCCCCUCCUCCAAUGUCCAGUGCAGAACCUGAGCUCCCACCCAGGCCCAAGCCUGGCAGUUCCAACCCGAUCCAAGAUAGACCUGUUCCUCCACCCCCUCCUAGCUCUUCUCAUGCUAAUCUCUUGAACCCAGUGAGGAGGUCAUCCAGUCCUGGACUACCAGAUCUACCUCCGCCAUUGCCCCCGCAGCGUGGCCCCUCCCCUGUUCCCCCUCGCAAGCAGUUCAACACCAACAACAACCAAGUUGCUUCCAGCGGUGGAAAGCCUGUUGGUAACAAAGCCAAGUUGGUCAAGAUUGUAUCAGAUAGCCCGCCCGUGGUGAGGAGAGCUGCUGCAGUCACUGUUACAGUGCAGAAGAAAGAGGAAAAACCACCUCCAUCGGAGAAGCCAAAGCCUGCAACCCCAAGCAAGCCCACUCCGGCUGGAAACCAGCCACCUAUCCUUGCUUUCAAGCCAGACCUCAAGCCACGCGCAGCCAAAGGUCCAGGCCCCGGCCAGCCGGGCAAGCGUAAGACGGCCCUUGUUAUAGCCUCUCGCGAGACCGAUGUGGAGGGAGAGGUGUCCGUAUCAGAAGGUGAUCUGAUCACCGUCACGGGGGAAGCUGGUGACUGGCUGGAAGUGGAGGUCAAAGGUAAAAAAGGCUGUGUACCCCGGUCAUGUGUCAAAGAUUUCAGCAAGCGAGGCAUUUAGUUCAGUAGGAGAACAACGCAGUCUUUCAUAAUCUUGGCCUUCUAAUGCCCAUGUAUACCUUCUUUGCCGUACAGUAUCAUUUUGAUGUAAAUGUUAGUAUAGUUUCUUCUAUUUUGUUGUUUAAAACCUUGGGGGUGUUUCACAAUGACUUAAAGUCAUGCUAAGUGAUGACGUGCAUACGAUAUAUAUAAUGCACAAUCUUGUUGAUUAAUUUUAAGGAUGCCUUAGAGUCGCACUUAAAUGGAGACUCAUUUAUGAUAUGCAACGUGCAAUCUUAUUAACACGCAGUAGCGUGCGUCCUAUUACAUGUAGCAUGAUCUGACCAUUGCCAUGCCUUUUAUUCGGCACGCAACUGGACAUUUAAGUGCGACUUUAAGUCAUACUUAACUCUGUGAAACACCCCCAGGGGCCCGUAACGCAAAGCGUAGCAAUCAUCGUAGAAUAUUCUUUAACGAUUGAUUGCAUAGACCAUAAUGUACAAUUAAUCGUAAAAAUCAAGUGUACGAUCAAUCAGUAUUCUUUGUGUUUCGGGGGCCCUGGUCCCAAAAAAUAAAAGCGAUUUAUUCGCAGGAUGGAAACAUUGUACCACCCAAUGGCAGUCAUUGUCGUAUAUCUAGUAUCUGUUAUCCCACACGAAACUUUAUACGAAAGCUCCUUAAUCUUGAGACUCUUAAUAGCAGUAUGACACGCUGGGUCAGAUUUAGAGGAAGAAUUUGAAAAUUCAGGGCUGAUGGAGAUGGCCUAGUAUAUUUAGUUGAUUAGAUGUUGGAUUAUUAUUUCAAAAAGUUCAUAUUUUUUCAGGAUCACCAUUAUUAAUGAAGGUUAUGAUCAAACUUCAUUUGAUGUGAAUUAGGUAGCAUUUAAAUCAAAUUGCCCUGCCAUCAUUAUCAUAAAAUGUGAUUAUUUUUCUGUGAGAAUUUUACUGGGGCAAUCUAAUCAAUCAUUAUUUAAUGACAUGUGUGCAUUUUCCACUUGUAUAUUCAGAAAUGGUGCAAAAUAUAUAUUAGUUACCCCCCCAAAAAAAAAGGGGAAAAAAGUGAUAAACAUCAUUAGUAUAUGAUCCUUGUGUUAUGUCAGAAUGAAAUUCUGUUUUUCAAAGAUUUUAUAAGAUUAUAUGAGUGCUCAAAUCUGCACACUUAUGUUUGUACUUAAUUCGUGUGAUAAAUUUUUAUGUGUUUGUACUUUUUAGAGAGAUCUUAAGACCGUUUUUGAUAGGCAGUACCUUUUCAUGUGCUCGUUCUGUGUUGGUAGUCUCAUUUUGUCUGUUAGCAGUCAAUUCAAAUUAGUUAGUGUUUUAUUUGAACUUGUGAAUUAUUGUGCCUUGGAAUAGAUUUAUAUCUAGAUAGAUGGCGAUAUACAAAUGCCUUUUAUUAUAAUAAGCCGUUUCGUAGUUCCUUUCUGCGCAUGAUCAGAGGAAGGUCAUUGGUACUAAAGUGACAUGGUGGUUUAAAAUUUAAUGAGAUAAGCACCAACUUUGACGUCUUGAUUAUUCAAUCUAUUCUUUUGAAUUGUGUUUUUCAUUUACAUCCACAAAAAACAACAAUGCGUCCACGAACGACUGGUAUUUCACAGUUUGCCAAGUACAUCGGCAACAUGCUUUGAUAUGCAUUCAAAGUAGAAAUGCAACAAAUACCUUCAUAAAGUGUUCAUUGAAGUGCUAUUCUAGUCACCUGGUCUAUUCAAUUUCUUCAUCCUGCUAUGUAAGGCAUGCUUACAUAAUAUCUUGCUUUGAAAUCUGCCUAUCAUAAUGAAAGAAAUGAAAGGUCAUUUGACCAAAUUGUCCAUGAAGUAACUAUGAACUGGUCUAUUAUGGCAUUUUCACCUCUAUUUUCACAAAAGAAUUUUAUGCACAUCCUGAUCAGUAUGCAAAUGAGGCAACCUAGUAUGUCACAAUCUCUUUUGUGUUUUAUCAUGUCUACUAUUAACAAUUUUUUCAAAUUUUAUAUAUUUGAUGAAUGAUGUAAUUUGACCCAAAUUGAAACAUUGCAUUGUAUAUUUUUGCUAUACUGUGCAUGGUUGUACAUAAAUCCAUAUGGAGGUUAAUAUUUUAGACAAUUUAUAAUUAUCUAUUUGUAAAUCUUGUAAAUUUAUGACAAUUUAUAUAGCCUCAGCAUAUUACCUUUUUUAGAAUUGAAUAUUCUUAUUGUAUGGAGAUAUCUUGUAUAUGGAACUCAUAAAAUCAAUGUUGGAUGUGUGUGCCUUGUGUGUUAUGUAAUCAAUAUAUAUUUUUAAAAGUAAAUAUGUUUAUUUUAGAAGAUUAUAUACUCUUCAUUGUCUUGUCAUUACUUUUUACCCAUUAUUUUGUAUUUCUUCGGCACAUAUGUCAGAAAUUUAUAGUAUUAUGUUUUUGUUGCACAUUUUGACUUUCUGAUAGAAAGGAAGGCACACUUCACACAAGUUUUUGUCUUGUUUGUAAGCCGUCACCUUUUCUGUAAUGUCCUUGUAAUUAGGCUGCAUUUUGUGGUUAAUAUUAGGUACUGCAUUGUAAUUCAACUGAUUUAUUUAUUGAUAGUUUUGAAAUUUGGGAACUGCAAUAAAAUGAAUAUUCACAAUAAAAGAAUUGAUUGUAUCUAUA